AGUCAUUAAGUUUGAUUAGCUCAGAUUCAGUUCAUGUAACGUCCUAAAUUAGGUCAGAUUCAGUGAUUAGUGAUAAGUACUAAGAUGCUGUCGUCGUCUACAGUUUCUUUCAUGCUAUGUUUUCUUCUCCUUGUGUUAUCGAUUCAUAUGAAUGAAGCUCUUGGUGCUCAAAUUGAAAUCCGCAAACUCGAAGAGACGAUGGUGAUGAGGUGGAGCUUGGAAGGCAAUGGCUUCGUAACUUCCAAAAUAGAUGCUCCACCAAGCGCAUCGAGACAUUGCGGGGGAGGUAAACGUUUUAAGAACAUGGCGACCACUGAUCGUCAUGAUGAUCAGUUCAGUCCACUUCCAGGAGGCGACUCGUCCUCCCUCUGUAUAAGGUGCGUUACCACCCAACGUUGUGUAGGGGCCGUAGGCGCGCCACCAUCGACGUACACGUGCACUAUCAUCUCGAAACAGUGUGAAAACAUACCUGGCCAUUGAUCAGGUUAUAACUUUGAAUGCACAUCUGUCAAUAUAUGAAUGUAUGUACUAAUUAAAGUCGUAGUUAGUUU